UUUCAUUAUUAGUAAAGACUGAAGACAGAGAAAAAGAAGUCCAUUUGCAGCAAGCAGGGGAAAGAAGAAGAAGAAGAAAUGAGCUCAAAAGCAGCAGCAGUAAUGGUCUUCCUUCUAUCAUCUAUUCUUCUUCUUCAAGUUCUCUCCCAGUCUCGUUGUACCAUUCCGCCGGUCAUCUUCAACUUCGGCGAUUCAAAUUCAGACACCGGAGGACUCGUCGCCGGCCUUGGCUUCCCUGUUAACUUACCUAACGGCCGCAAUUUCUUCGCUUCUUCCACCGGCCGCUUCUGCGACGGCCGUCUUAUCAUCGAUUUCUUCUGUGAGAGCUUGAACAGCAGCAGACAGCAACUUCUAAGUCCAUACUUAGACUCAAUAAGGGGACAUACAUAUGAAAAUGGGGUAAACUUCGCUGUGGCAGGGUCUAAAACACUCCCCAAGUAUACUCCUUUUGCACUCAACAUUCAACUCAUGCAAUUCAUCCAUUUCAAAUCUCUAUCUCUUCAACUCUCUUCUCCAGGCCAUUUGAUCAACGAAGAAGGAUUCAAAAACGCACUCUAUAUGAUCGAUAUCGGACAAAACGAUCUAGCGGAUUCGUUCGCCAACAACCUAACAUACGCUCAAGUUAUAAGAACAAUACCCUCGAUUAUUACCGAGAUCAAGAACGCCAUCAAGGCAAUUCACGAUCAAGGUGGUGGAAGGAAAUUUUGGGUGCAUAACACGGGUCCUUUUGGAUGUCUUCCCAAACCAUUAACCCUGGCUAAGAGCAAGACCUCGAAUGAUCUUGAUUCCUAUGGAUGUCUAACUAGCUACAACGCGGCUGCGAGGAUAUUCAAUGCGGCUUUGUUACAUUUGUGCGGUGAAUUGAGAUCGGAGUUGAGCGAUUCCACAAUUGUUUAUGUUGAUAUAUAUUCGAUCAAGUUUGAUCUCAUUGCCAACUCGAGUAGAUAUGGGUUUGCGAGUCCAUUGAUGGCAUGUUGCGGUUCGGGAGGGCCUCCUUAUAACUACGACUUGAGAGUUGGUUGUGGACUUUAUGGUUACGAGGUUUGCACCACUAAGUACGUAAAUUGGGAUGGAGUUCAUUAUACCGAAGCUGCCAACUUUUUUGUCGCGGCUAAAGUACUUUCUAUGAACUAUUCUACGCCUCGUGUUCCCUUUGACUUCUUUUGUCGUUAACGACGAGUUUUGUCAAUAUUCUUACUAUGCUUAUUAUUGUAUUAAGAGCGUAUUUAAAUGUCAAUAUUGGGAGUUUAAAUGCUUAUUAUUGUAUUAAGAGCGUAUUUAAAUGUCAAUAUUGGGAGGUUAAAUG